AUGCCGGAUUAUUCUAAACCCUUUUCAAUUGCGUGCGAUGCAAGUGACGUUGCCAUCGGAGCUGUACUUACCCAAGAGUUGGACGACGGAGAACAUCCAAUAUGCUACUUCUCCCAAAAGUUGUCAGCAUCGGAGAGCAAGUAUUCGACCACAGAAAGGGAAUGUUUGGCGGUGAUAAGGUCCAUAGAAAAGUUUCGCGGCUACGUAGAAGGAGUUAGGUUCAUCGUGCAUUGCGAUCACGCUGCAUUGAACUAUUUAAAGUCGAUGAAGAAUCCGACGGCACUCCUUAGUCGCUGGAUACUCAGAUUGAAUGCAUUCGAUUUCGAGAUUCGCUACCGAAAGGGUACAAUUAACGUGGUUCCGGACGCCUUGUCGAGAGCAGUCGCCACAAUUACGCUCACCAAGGACGACACGAAGGACACCUGGUACAAAGAACUUGUAUUGCGGAUUACAAAAGAACAGGAUAAGUAUCCAGACUUCAGAACGAUCGACGGAGAGCUGUACAAGAACUGUCGAUGUCGCGACGAAACCGGAGUCACUACGCACACAUGGAAGAAGCGUAGCCCAGGAUUCAGCACACCGUCAGCUGAAAUAAACGAAGUGAAUCAGCUUGCUGAAGUAAGUGUGAGCGAGCAGUGCGCACAGCAAGACGCACGCCGGGAACGGAAGAAGAUGGCUCAAUCGAUAGCUGCCCUUACGCAAUGCAUGCGUACAUCCCAAGGUAAGAUCUAUCGAAUCCAACAGACUAUUCUAGCUUCACAAGGAGAUCGUACCAAGUUUAACAUACAUGCCAUCAAGUUAUAUGUUAAAACUGUAGAUGCCGCAUACGAUGAAUUCAAUGGAUUCCUGAAUCAGAUUUACAUCUCCGAUCCCUCUGCAAGAGACGAAUUCGAACCGAUGUUCCUUGAGUUCGAAGAACUAUACGAGUCUGUUAGUAUUGCGCUUUCCGAAAUAACUCAGUACCAUGAGGAUCAGAAACUCGCUGCUGUUGCAGCGCGCGAAGAGCAGAAACAAGCCAUUUGCCAACCUGGCGGCAGUGGCCAACAGAACCAAUUUCCUAUUCAGAUGGUUCCAUCCUUAUUGAUGCAGCAAGCUCCCUUACCGACGUUUGAUGGACAGUACGAAAACUGGUACAAGUUUAGAGAUCGAUUUAUUGACAUCGUAGAAAAAUGUACCAGAGAUUCCCCAGCCACGAAACUCCAUUAUCUGGACAAAGCUUUAGUAGGGAAAGCCAAGGGAUCCAUUGAUCAACAGACUCUGAACGACAACAACUAUGAAGGCGCAUGGAGAAUCUUGACCAAGAAAUAUGAGAACCUUCGAAUGGUGGUCCAAGGUCAUAUUACACAGUUGUUGUCGAUGAAGGCCAUGACGAAAGGAACGCAUGCUGAAUUGAGAGCGCUGAUAGAUCUCGUUGAAAAGCGCUUAGAAUCUCUAGAUUUCCAUGGCCUGAAAAUGGAAGAUGCCUUGUCUGAAGCCAUCCUAACGGCCCAUCGAUUGAAAAACCCGACUAUUAAGACGACUGCACCCGCAGUUGCAACCAAGGUGUAUGCAGCCACAGUCCAACAGGCGAACUGCUGUCCGAUCUGCAAGGAUGAUCACCUGAUCGAUGAUUGUGAUAUAUUUAAGAAGCUCAACGUUAACAGUCGGUACACCAAGGCAAGGCAAUUAGGAUUGUGCUUCGCAUGCUUGAGAAGAGGACAUCGGACCUUGUCCUGCAAGGUUGAUAAGAAGAAGCUGUGCGAAUGCAAGAAGAAGCACCAUCCAUUGAUGCACGCGGAGGAAAAACCUGAGGCAAUAGAGAGGGCGACGGGCAGGACUGCUGAGCAACCAGGGACGUCGAGGGAUUUGCCAGAAACCGUGGCAAAAUGUGAAACACCACUGUUACGUACCGGGGAAGUGAAGAAGCAGGUGCUGUUAGCAACAGCACUAGUCGACGUUGUUGAUUCAUCUGGAGUGGCGUUUAAGUGUCGUGCACUGAUGGAUUCCGGUGCGAUGGCCAACUUCGUGUCGGAGCGAUUGAGUGAUGUGCUGUGUCUACCCAAGAAGUGUGUUAACAUCCCGAUCGUGGGUGUGAACGGAUCGAAAUCGAUAGUGAAAUCCCGAAUUCAUGCCACCGUCAAAUCCAGCGAGACUGAUUGUACUUUCUCGCUUGACUUCCUUGUUGUUCCCCGAGUCACCGGUUCGCUGCCGUCGCGGAAGUUGGAUGUUUCCAACUGGCCGUUACCGAAGGAUAUCCGAUUGGCUGACCCCAAAUUCUUCGAACCCAAUCGCAUUGACAUGCUCAUCGGAUCCGAAAUGUUUUACGACUUGAUGGAGGCUGGCAAGAUCCGAAUGUCCGCCGAACUCCCGUUACUACAAGAAAGCCGACUUGGUUGGCUAGUUGCGGGACCAGUUCAUUCUUCUGAAGGUAUCGCCUGUGUUCGUGUCCACCAAGUAAUGCCAGUUGAACCUGCUGAUGAGCGUCUUGACGAGCUGAUGAAACGCUUCUGGUGCAUUGAAGAACAGUUCCCUGACGAAAAGGUUGACAACGAUUGCGAGCAACAUUUCCAGACGACCCAUGCUCGCAGAAAGGACGGACGGUACGUAGUUCAACUCCCGUUCCGUGUCGAUGCCGAAUUAUUAGGAGAAUCCAGAAACCAAGCGGUCAAACGAUUCAAGGCACUCGAGAAGAGAUUGGAGGCAUACCCCAAUACGAAGCAAAUGUACUCGGACUUCAUCAAGGAAUACAUCGAGCUUGGCCACGCAAGAUAUCUGAACGCGGAAGAAGCGAUUGAACACAACACCUACUACCUUCCGCACCACUGCGUGAUUAAACCCGACAGCUCGACAACCAAGCUGAGAGUGGUGUUUGACGCCUCAGCUAAGACGACAACGAACUAUUCCUUGAAUGACGUGUUGAUGAGCCCUCCAACUAUCCAGAGCUCCCUGUUUGAUAUUAUUCUGAAGUGGCGUUCGCACAAAUACGUUUACACUGCCGAUGUGCAACGCAUGUAUAGACAGGUGAUAGUUGAUGAUUCCCACACUAAGUACCAGCGAUGUGUGUGGAGAGAUGAUAAGACGCAGCCGAUCCGAGAUCUUGAAAUAGUCCGAGUUACCUAUGGCAUAGGUCCAGCAGGGUUCCUGGCAACAAGAGCGAUGGUCCAGUUAGCGAACGACGAACAACACCGAUAUCCCGCAGCCAGUGAGGUCGUGCGAAGAGCGUUUUACGUAGAUGAUGUACUCUCCGGAGGUGGUACCCUUGCUGAAACGAAAUUGCAGAUGAACGAAUUGACAGCGCUACUCCGAGAAGGCGGCUUCAAGCUCCAUAAGUUUUGCGCCAAUGAUCCUGCUUUGCUGAAAGACAUACCAUCCGGAGAUCAAGAGAAACAGUUGAACUUCGAAGACAACGACAUCAACGGAGUGAUAAAGACACUUGGUCUCCUCUGGGACCCAGUUCACGACGAUUUCCUGUUUCAAGUUCAGCCGAUGAAAAACGAAGACCCGCCGACCAAACGACAAGUACUUUCCGAGAUCGCUAGAUUGUUUGACCCACUCGGAGUACUUGGUCCAACUGUGGUACUCGCCAAAUUGGUUAUGCAGCGAUUGUGGCAGAAGCAGAUUGGUUGGGACGACCUCAUCCCCGAUGAAGACCACGAAAUGUGGAAGAAACUACGACUUGAAUUGUGCCAAAUCAACGAUAUGAGAAUCCCCAGGCGAACCACAAUAGACGACCCGAUAACCUUAGAAUUGCACGGUUUUUCGGAUGCCUCGAAGUACGCCUACGGCUGCUGCGUCUAUCUGCGAAGUGUAUCGGCUGCGGGAUCGGUCGAAGUAAGAUUGCUGUGCGGCAAAUCCAGAGUUGCGCCGCUCAAGGAGCUGAACCGAAAGGAGAAUGCGGAUACCACCGAGAUGACCAUACCAAGAUUGGAGCUGUGUGCAGCACUGCUGCUGUCCGAACAAGUUCAAAAAGUGCGCGAAACCUUAGAGAUAGGCAUUGAAAAUGUCAUCCUAAGGUCCGAUUCGAAAAUAGUGUUAGAUUGGCUAAACAGAGUAAAACCAGAACAAUCAUCCUUUGUGCAUAACCGAGUUAAGACAAUUCGAAAACUUACCGCGGGUAUGAAGUGGAUGCAUGUUGGAACUAAGGACAAUCCAGCGGACUUAGUGUCGCGUGGUGUUUACCCGAUCGAAUUAGUGAAUAGUGCAAUGUGGUGGGACGGUCCGAACUUUCUACAUGCGACCGAUUUAGUGUACGAGAGUGUUUUAAAUGAAGAAGAAGAGUUCGGACAGCAUCCAGUUGAAAUGGUCGCAGUUGCAGUUCGUGAGCGUAUCCUCUACGACGAGAUAGCCGAUUGCAGCAGAUUUCGCAAACUUGAACGUGUGUUCGGGUAUGUGACCCGAUUUAUCUACAACUGUAGAUCCAGGAAGAGAAAGGUUGAACGACGUAGCGGUAAGCUAGACAGCAUCGAUUACCGUGACUCACUGUUGACGAUGGUGAGGAUCACGCAACAUGUUUUUUACCGCGAAGAAAUCAAGACCCUGAGACGAAACUGCCCUGUGACAGGGAAGCUACGAAACUUGAACCCCUUUUACGACGAAGAAGAAGGUGUGCUUAGAGUUGGUGGAAGAAUCCGAAACGCAGACUUACCACGUGAUCAGAAACACCCCAUGAUAUUGCCAGAAAACAACCACUUUACAGACAUGCUGGUCGAAUCUAUUCAUCGAGAACAGUUGCACGUUGGAUUGAAUGGAUUGCUUGCCAAGAUCAGACAACAAUUUUGGCCGGUCAACGCAAAGCGCACCAUACAUCGUGUGAUUCGAAGGUGUAUCAAAUGUUUCCGUAUGAGGCCGAAGGAAAUGAAGCACUUCAUGGGAGACUUGCCGAAGUCCCGGGUUACCGAGACCAACCCCUUCACCCGCACUGGCGUGGAUUAUGCCGGUCCAUUUCUUCUGAAGCAGGGUCGAAUGAGGUCACCGAUUAAAUGCUAUGUGAGUGUAUUUGUCUGCAUGAGCACCAAGGCCAUCCACUUGGAGCUGGUUGGAUCGCUGUCAACUGAAUCGUUCUUGGGUGCCUUUCAUCGCUUCGUUGGACGUCGUGGGAAUGUUUCUGAGAUGUACUCAGACCAUGGCACAAACUUUCAAGGUGCCAAGCGGCAACUGGCAGAACUAGACGAAUUGUUUAAAUCGCAGAUGUUCGAAUGUAAGCUGGAGGAAUUCUGCCAGUCCCGAGGAAUACGAUGGAGUUUUAUAGCACCUAGAGCUCCACACCAAGGCGGCCUAUGGGAGGCCGGAGUAAAGAGUAUGAAAUCGCACUUGUGUAAGGUACUGAACGAAUCGUAUCUUACCUACGAAGAGAUGUACACCUUGCUAGUACAAAUAGAGGCUAUAUUGAAUUCGCGACCCCUGAUACCCCAGUCGGAUGAUCCGAUGGAUUACGUCGCAUUAAGUCCAGGGCAUUUUUUAAUCGGUCGUGAACUUACUGCUGUUGCCGAGCCAGUUUACUGUGACCUCAAGCAGUCGAAGUUAUCAAGAUAUCAGCAAAUCCAAGUUCGCAAGCAAUCCUUUUGGCGGCGCUGGUCAGCUGAAUAUAUAACCGAGUUGCAAAGGCGUGGUAAAUGGUGCGAUACUCCCACACAACUACGAGAAGGUUUACUGGUGGUAAUCAAGGAAGAUGGAGUGCCGCCCCAGCAGUGGAGAUUGGCUCGGAUUGUCUAG